AUGUCUGAUCUAGUUGCUAAGUUUAAGGGUUUAUCUGUUGCUGAUUCUACAGCUCAACUAAGUCGUGAGCAAUCUGCUUUGGUUGCUCAAUGGGAGUCUAUUCUAAAGACUGGUCAAUUGCAAGCCAACUUGAACAAUUUGAACUUGCAAUUGAGAGAUAACAGUUUCAUUGCUGCUACUUCUCAGCCAACAGUUCACGAUGUUGAAUUGUUCGAAGCCACUUUGCCAGUUAUCAAGGAACUAGUUUCCAGUUCUAAGGACAUUAAGGGUACUUUGGGUAGCUACAGACACAUUAUUAGAUGGGUUGACUACUUGCAAGCUUUGUUGCAAUUGUCUAAGGACCAAACUUUGGAAUUUGACCGUAACAUCGAAUUGCCAAGAGAAGUUAUUGAGAAGCCAAAGAAGAAGGAUGAUGCUAAGAAGGAUGACGGUAAGAAGGAUGAUAAGAAGGAUGACAAGAAGAAGGCUAACGAUGGUGACAAGAAGCAAAGAGGUAAGCCAGAUGAGGAGACUUUGAAGAAGUUGAGAGAAGAAGCCAAGGCGAAGAAGGCCGCUAAAAAGGCUGCACAAGCACAACAACAAAAGGAAACAAAGGCUCCAGAGAAGGUAUUGCCAUCUGUCAUUGACUUCCGUGUCGGUUUCAUUCAAAAGGCUAUUAAGCACCCAGAUGCUGACAGUUUGUACGUCUCCACUAUCGAUGUUGGUGAUGAGGAAGGUCCAAGAACUGUUUGUUCUGGUCUAGUCAAGCACUUCCCACUAGAGGCCAUGCAGGAACGUUAUGUUGUUGCUGUCUGUAACUUGAAGCCAGUCAACAUGAGAGGUGUAAAGUCUACCGCUAUGGUUUUGUGUGGUUCUAAUGCUGAGGAUAAGGUUGAAUUUGUUGAACCACCAAAGGGCUCCAAGGCAGGUGACAAAGUUUUCUUCGAAGGUUUCGGCGCUGAAGAUCCAUUGAAGCAAUUGAACCCUAAGAAGAAGCUGUGGGAGCAAUUGCAACCACAUUUCAGCACUAACGAAAACUUGGAAGUUAUCUUCAAGGAUGAAGAAGAUAAGGAACAUCCAGUUAGAAAAUUGACUAAUGCUAAGGGUGAAGAAUUCAAAGUUGCUACCAUCGUUAAUGCUAAUGUCCGUUAA